CGGGGCGUGGGGUUGGGAUGUGGCAGCUCCGCGGAGCCUCCGCCUGGGUGGCCGCGGGAGCCCCUGGGCUCCGAGCAGCCGGCGCCCCACGCCCGGGGGCAGGAGCUCCCCAGGUGCCACUGAGCGGCCAUGGAGGAGUCCACGCGGCUGGGUUACUGCAUCGUGGCCGGCAGCUUCGUGGCCUUCCAGUUCUUCUUCUCGGCUGUCAGCCCCCAGCUCUCGCUGGCUCUCAGUCGCCGCUACUGCAGCCUGACCACCGUCAAAAAGUGCGAGUGGAACUCCAGGUGUGUCUCCACCCUGCACGCGCUCAUCGUCGGCCUCUUCUGCCUCUACAUCCUCUUCUUCGAUGGAGCCGUUAACGCCAACCCCAUCUGGGGGGACCCUGACCUGGUGAAACUCAACGUGGCCAUCACCUGCGGGUACCUGCUCUACGAUUUGCUGCUGCUCCUGCGCUACUGGAAGACGCUGGGCGACUCCCUGUUCGUUUGCCACCACUUGGUGGCGCUGUACGCCUACGGCUACGUGCUGAGCCGAGGGGUGCUGCCCUAUUUCGCCAACUUCCGCCUCCUGUCCGAGCUCUCCACCCCAUUCGUCAACCUGCGGUGGUUCUUUGACACCGUGGGGCAGCCCCGCUCCUCCUGGUUCGUCCUGGCCAACGGCCUGGCCAUGACCGUGGUCUUCUUCCUGGUGCGCAUCGCCGUCAUCCCCAGCUACUACGCCCGCGUGCUGGCCUGGUACGGCACGCCCGAGUACGCCCGCCUGGGGCUCGCCGUGCAGGUGGCCUGGAUUGUGCCCAGCCUGGCCCUGGAGCUCCUCAACCUGGUCUGGAUGUACAAGAUUGUCCGGGGCUUCUACCGGGCCUUCUGCCGGCCCCAGGAGCGCAAGCCGGCCUGCGGCCACGGCGACUGAGCGGGAGCUGGACUUCCCCAGGGGGCACGGCCGGCGGCCCCAAAGCUCCUGGCAGAGCUGGACGAUCCACGCUCGUUCCCAUCAGAGCCCACAGCCACAGGAAUCCCCUGGCCUGGCACGUGCCGCCAGGCACCCGGACUGACCCCCACGGAGCGCCAGGCGCGGGCGGGCACCUCGGAAACUCAUGGAGAUCACAGACUGGCAUAUGCCCCAGGCACCCAGGAAAUCCAUGGGGCACCGGGACUGGCACUGAACACGGGACGUCUGGCCGGGAGCCCGGUGGGGCCCGUCUGUGGGGCUGGCAGUGCCCCUCGCAGGGGGCUAAGGCUGCCCAACCCCCAGCUAGGGGUGUCCUUGGGGGGGCCUGCGUGUCCAUGCAUACGGGGCGCAGAGGCUCCAGCCGGGUGGGGGGUCCCAUGGGGCAGAGCAGGGAGCCAUGGUAGGGCCACGUUACAGCCUCGUGAACGGCUUCCGCAGGCCCCCGCGCCCCCUCCCACUCCUGCAAAAAGUGGGAGGAGCCCCACGCUACUGGGCUGGAGAGCUGGGGGGGCCCAUCUGCACUGAACCCCCGAGGGCCAAGGGGUCUACGUAGCUUUUGAGGACACCCCUGUGCCCCAGGAUCCUGCAGUCUGACCCUGGCCCCUCCCUCCCAGACGCCUCCUGGCCCAUAGCACCCCCCGGCCAUAAAGCCCUGGCCCCUGCUGUGGCGGGGGGAGCUGGGAGGGCACACGGGUCCCAGCAGGGGUGUCUCUACCACAGGUCAGUCCCCAGCUAAACCUAACUCCCUGGGCUGGGGCCCCAGAGACCCGGGGUCUAGUCCCUGCCUCUGUGCCUCAGUUUCCCUGUCUGUUAAAGGGGGACAAUGCCCCUUCAUCUGUGCCUUCUCUCUUCAGAGUGGGAGCUCUUUGGGGCAAGCCUGUCCCACCCUCUGUAUCUGUGCAGCCCCCGGCACGGCCGGGGGCCCCCGAUCUCGGCCUGGGCAGCUCCCGGCACGGCCGGGGGCCCCGAUCUCGGCCUGGGCAGCUCCCAGCACGGCCGGGGGCCCCCGAUCUCAGCCUGGGCAGCUCUCGGCAUGGCCGGGGGCCCCCGAUCUCAGCCUGGGCAGCUCCCGGCAUGGCCGGGGGCCCUCGAUCUCAGCCUGAGCAGCUCCCG